AUGGAAGCUUUAGGAAAUUAUCUUGGUUUAGAUUUAGAUUUUUUUAAAGCCAUUAGUAAAUACGAUAUUGCAGCGUUUAGUAGACUUAAUGAAAGUGGUUUAGGUGCAGGUGUUAAGGGUUGCUAUCUAAGUCAUUAUGAAAUCUUCGAAUCAAUUAUUAAAAAUGACUAUGAAAGUGCUUUAAUUUUUGAAGAUGACGUGGAUAUAGAACUUAAUAUUACUGAUAUUAUGACUGAAGUUCAUCAUAAUUUACCUGAAGAUUGGGAUAUACUAUACCUUGGCCAUUGUGCUGAGAGAGACAGCAAAUACAUCAAAACCAAUUUAACCGUUCAUGCACUACAUAAAUCGGGAUUUGCACAAUGUUUACACGGCUAUGCAGUUACAGCUAAAGGAGCCAUGAAGUUAAUAGAAAAGCUUAACAUUGAUAAACCAGAAAACCAUGUCGAUAUUGAUAUACCUAAUCUUGUCGUUGCCGGAGAAAUCACUAGCUAUUCUAUUCAUCCGCAAAUUGUUGUGCAGUUUAAAGGUGUGAAUGACAAAUCUGACGUUUCGCCUGGAGCUUUAGGUGGAACAUAUCCUUUAAUGAACUCUACUUUACGUUUUCUUGGAUAUGAUCCAAAUAACCCAAAUGACCCAAUUUGA